CAAACUACAGUUGAGGCUACCACGACCCAUUAAACCAACAAUAUUCAAACAAAAAACCCACCUUCAAAUUUUAUUUAUUUAUUUUGACACAUUCAAUUUUUCAAAUUUUAUAAACUUUUAAUAGUAUCACAUCAUUAUUUUUUCCACCCCUUUUUAUUAUAUUUUUAUUUUAAAGUUGUGUCUUUAAUAAUUGAUAAUAUGCACAGCUAGCUAACUGCAUCAUCUUUCUGUGAUCACAUGAAAGUUUUCUGCUGCUGCUUUUGUCAAUUGCUAUCUUCCUCAAAUUUAAACUGUACAAAAACAAUCAUCCUUUUCCCCUGAUUUUUAAACCAACCAAAAAGAUAAUAUUUACCCAAACCUACCCUAUUUAUUAUUUAUUUAUUUUAUCAUAUUCUUAUAAAUUCAUCUUUUCAUACAAAUAGUAGUCUUGCAAAAACAAAACAGUGGUCACAUUAUUAGUCAUUGAAGUAAAAAAAAAUUAUAGUCCAAGAUAACAAUGUCGCCGCAUAUGCAGAGAACUUUGCUCAAGGUUAUUGUCCUUGGAGAUAUUGCAGUAGGAAAGACUUCUCUAAUUACAAGAUACGUGCAAAAGAAAUUCAAUCAACAAUACAAAGCAACAAUCGGGGCAGAUUUUGUGACGAGGGAGUUGCAAAUUGAUGGCAAACUCGUUAGCCUUCAGAUUUGGGAUACAGCAGGGCAGGAAAGGUUUCACAGUUUAGGACCUGCAUUUUUCAGAGGAUCAGAUUGUUGUGUUUUAGUAUACGAUGUGAAUGAUCAAAGAUCGUUUGAAGCCCUCCAAACAUGGCGUGAUGAAUUCAUCAAACAGACAGAUAUCCCUGACCCAACUAAAUUUCCUUUCGUGGUCAUUGGAAACAAGAUUGAUCAAGAUGGUGGAGCCAAUCGCAAGGUGCAAGAGAAAAAAGCAAAGGAGUGGUGUGGGUCAAUAAAAUCAGGGCCAAAAUCAAGCGGCAUUCCUUAUUACGAGACUUCAGCAAAAGAAGAUAUAAAUGUAGAUGAUGCUUUCUUCAAUAUUGCCAUUGCUGCCUUAUCUCAUGAUCGUUCACAAGAAUUAUACUUUGAAAGUAUAACAGAAUCUGGUUCGUUAUCAGAAAUAGUCGAACCAAGAAGAAGUUGUCCUUGCUAAUCUAAUUUCUUCACGAUGCUUGUUCUACAUUCUAACUAUUAUCGGAAGUUAUUUGAUUCUUUUAAUUUAAAAUUUUAAAGGUAUACAUUUUGCUUGCGCCAUUAAUAAAUGGAAAAUGAAAAGAAAAAAAAUCUGUAAUUUGAUGUUAUUGCUAUUAUUUGUUAUCUUGACAGAUAAUGAAAAGUUACAACUGAUCCGACUAUAUUAUUUUUUGUAAUUGUACAUUCGAUAAUAAUGUCUAAUAUCAUGGGGAAGUGAAUAGCCUUAAAAGAAAAAAUCCCUAAAUAAUAUCUCUAAGUAAUUUAGAGCAUAUAUUAAUUUGAUCAUUGGUUAUAAAGUUGUUGGCCAAACAUAUUUUGUAACAAAUUUUUUCCCUAAGAAAGUGAAUAAGUAAAGGCAAGCUAAGUCAAGUAGUAAAAGGAACGAACACACACUAAGUAGUAGUACAAAUAAGAAUAGUGGAUUUUGUGGU